AUGAUAGCACGACAUAAAGAAUUGAGGGAGAAAAUUAGACAGUUAGCCUCGUUGUAUGAUAUUACAUCGGCCGAAUGUAUCUAUGAGGACCAAGAUCAAGACCCAACAGGAUCGUUGCGGAUCGGGGACAUACGAUUAGCAACCGGGAAGUUAGAAGAUGAUCCCGCCCAGGUACAGGACGACCUCCUCGAAAUCAAUCUGGGGACAGAUGAAUCGCCUAAUCCCAUAUAUAUCAACGCAGGACUGGACGAAGGAUUCAGAGAGCAACUGGUCGCCCUACUCAUUGAGUUCCGCGACUGUUUUGCCUGGUCGUAUGAUGAAAUGCCGGGUCUUGAUCCUGAUAUCGCCGAGCAUAAGCUUCCAUUAAAGAGUGGGUUUCGGCCAUUUCGGCAACCUCCCCGGCGAAUGUCCAGGGAAGUAGAUACUCUCAUCCAGGACGAGAUUAAGCGGCUGGAAGAUGCCAAGUUUAUUCGGGAAGCCCAGUACACCGAAUGGCUCUCCAACAUCGUACCAGUGAUGAAGAAAAACGGGAAGCUACGAGUAUGCGUAGAUUUUCGGAACCUCAACCUAGCCACACCCAAGGACGAAUACCCGAUGCCUGUGGCCGAUAUGCUGAUAGACAGGGCAGCGGGACACACGAUACUCAGUUUCCUCGAUGCGCACUCUGGCUGGAGUGUUUUGCUGAGAGGAAAAGAGACCGAUGAGUGGAUAUGGACGGACGAGCAACAGAGGGUGUUCGACGAUUUGAAAGUAUACUUGGCAAAACCUCCGGUUAUGACCCCUCCAAAGCCGAAUAAGCCGUUGUUGCUAUACCUAUCGGCUGCACACGAAUCCCUAGGAUGUAUGCUCGAAGAGGACGAUGGGAUCGAGAGAGCAGUCUACUAUUUGAGCCGAGGACUGACGGACACAGAGAUUCGCUAUACCAACAUAGAAAAAAUGUGUCUAUGCCUGAAUCGGAUUGGAAAAUGGGCGAUUGCUAUGUCCAAAUUUACGUUGGUAUAUGUUCCCCAAAGAGCAGUAAAAGGACAAGUAUUGGCAGAUUUCCUGGCCGAUCACCCUGGUAUCACCCUCAAGGAGGAAACGGUCACGUUUUGCGACAUCGCCAUAUGGGAGAUGUGGUUCGACGGGUCCAGAACAAGCCAGGGGGCAGGCGCCGGAUUUCACAUCAUCACGCCCUUGGGGGGAUCCUACCGGUUGUCAUUUAAACUCCAGUUCGAAUGCACUAACAAUCAAGCAGAAUAUGAGGCCCUGAUAUUCGGUUUCGAGAUUUUAGCCGAACUGGGGGCAAAGGCGAUCAGCGUCAAAGGAGAUUCUUUACUAGUCAUCAAGCAAGUGACAGGGGAAUUCAAAUGCGAGUCCGAGCUAUUAGUGAGAUAUUGCAACAAGGCGAAGCACUUGGUCGAAGGCUUUCAAGAUACGAGGAUAGAAUACACGGAGAGGGCCGAAAACAGCGUUGCAAACGACCUAGCUCAUCACGGUAGCGGUUACAAGGUGAACCAUCAGUUCGAUGCUAUAGAAAGGGAAACGCCGAAUCUCCAUACCGGGGGCAUCACGAUCGACGAAAGACGAUUCUCGGUUUACCAGCUGGACGUCACCCAAGACUGGAGGGACGAGCUCCUGAAGUGGUUCGAAAAACCCGACUCCACGAAUAGGAGGUUGAGGACUGUAGCCCUUAAUUACGUGGUGUUAGCCGGCGAAUUAUAUAAGAAGGGCUUUGAAGGGCUACUCUUUAGAUGCAUCGGUCCAAAAGAGGCAAUGCUUGCUAUGGCCGAGGUACACGAAGGGAUAGCAGGCGCCCACCAGGCGGGCCCCAGAAUGAGGUGGCUUAUCCAUAAAUACGGUUUUUAUUGGCCGAAAAUGGAACAAGACUGCAUAAGAUAUGCCAAAGGUUGCGAAGCUUGUCAGAAAUUCGGCCCAAUACAACACGUCCCGGCCGAAGAUCUGCACUCCAUCAUCAAGCCAUGGCCAUUCAGAGGAUGGGCGGUCGACCUGAUAGGGAAAUGGGUCGAAGCUAAACCUUUGAAGUCGCCGACACAAGAAGCGGUGAUCAAGUUCUUCAAAGAAUACAUCGUCCACCGACACGGCUUGCCCGAGUCCAUAACCACAUAUCAAGGGACUAUGUUCACAGGAGGCGAUAUAAGUUGGUGGGCUUCCCAAAUGAAGAUAAAAAUGUUACAUUCAACACCGUACUACGCUCAAGCCAACGGACAGGCCGAAGCCACCAACAAAGCUAUCAAGCUUAUAGUCCAAAAGAUGAUUGAAGAAAAUCCAAGACAAUGGCACGUGCUUUUAUCGGAAGCCGUUUGGGCGAAUAGAACUAGUCAGAAGUCGGCUACUGGGAUCUCGCCGUUCCGAUUGGUAUAUGGGUAUGAUGCAAUGCUGCCAAUAGAUCUUGACGAGGAACGAUUAGCAGCGUUGGAUCACCUUGAAGCCCAGAAAAGAAGAGUCGAGAGGGCAUACAACAAACGUGUAAAACGAAAAGUAUUUACGGUGGGCGACAUAGUCUGCAAGGCAGUCUUGCCUAUCGGUCAUAAAGAUAAUCGGCUUGGCAAAUGGAGCCCGAAUUGGGAAGGCCCCUUUAUUGUAGUCAACAAGUUAGAGGGCGGUGCUUACUUGCUGGCGAACGUUGACGGAGAGGAGCAUGACAGGGCAAUCAACGGACAGUUCCUAAAAAAGUAUGUUCCUAGUUGCUGGGAUGGCAUCGACCGACGGCUGUUUGGGGCCGACGAAGAAUAG